AUGGCGCCUACUUCCCCAACACAAGAUGGUUAUCAGGCUGCAGCUGAUGCAAAUACUGGCGGUGAUCCGCAAUCGAUAAAUUACACGACCGCGCCUCCCAUGACACAAGAUGAAUCAUUCAACCACAUCAGCAACAGCAACAGCAACAGCAGCAGCAACAGCAAUAACAGCAGUGCCGGCACAACCAAAACUACAAUGGACCCGCAUACUGUAUCAAGCACGGCCAGCCACCAACACCAACAAGAACAAGAACUACUCUCUGAGUACACUGUGCCAAACCCACCUGUAUCCACCCAACAAUCAAAUGCGGUAGCAACCGAACAUCAAGACCUGAUAGAUGAGGACGCCAACUCAGACAAACCUAGGACAUUAUGGAUGGGUGACUUGGACUCCUGGUUAGACGAACAGCAAAUAACCGAUCUCUGGUGGAACUUGUUGAAGAAGAAAGUUGUUGUAAAGAUUAUCAAGCCAAAGACAUUGAAACUUGAUCCGCAAUUGCAAGGGUUGACCAACUCCGGUUACUGUUUUGUUGAGUUUGAAAGUUUUGAAGACGCACAGGAAGCUUUGGGGUUGAAUGGACAAUUGUUACCGGACGUGGCAAUGCCUUCGCAACAACUAUAUCCCAACAACCCUGAUAAUCAAAAGAAAUACUUCCGGUUGAAUUGGGCUAGUGGGGCAACCUUAAGUGCUCCCAUUGUUCAAAUGCCGGAAUAUUCCUUAUUUGUUGGUGAUUUAUCAGCAUCUACAACCGAAGCCCACUUGUUGGCAUUUUUCCAAAAAAAGUUUCCAAAUUCAAUAAAAACCGUUAGAGUUAUGACCGAUCCGGUAUCGGGAAAAUCAAGAUGUUUUGGGUUUGUUAGGUUUACUGAGGAGCUGGAGAGACAAAGAGCUUUGAGUGAAAUGAAUGGAGUUUGGUUUGCUGGAAGACCAUUACGGGUUGCACUUGCUACGCCUAGAAGUGGCAAUUAUCGCAAGUUCAAUAAUAGAGCAGGCAACAACAGCAGCAACAGAAAUAACAACAACGGCAACCAUUACAACCACAGCAGUAGCAGUUAUGAUAACAAUGAUCCGUUUGUGGGUAACGCAUAUUAUAGUCCCGAUCCAGCCACUGCGGCAGCAGCAGCAGCAGCAGCAGCAGCAUCAACAGCACAUAUACCACCCGAGAUGAUGUUUAUUCCUCCGGGAGCGCCCGCGCCCCAAACCCAAUUAGGUGGGAGCCCCUUGUUUGGAUACUAUAACCCAAUGGGGAAUGAUAGAGCAGGCGGUGCUUUCCAGUUACCACAAGAACUCGAUGGCAGCUUCUUGUUACGUGAUCUGCAACAUGAAGGGCAGCCAUAUAUGUCCCAAUCAUUUCAAGUUCCACCACAGCAAGCUCAGAUGCCUCCGCAGUUGCAACUGCCUCAAUAUUCUGAUCCAAACAACACAACUGUAUUUGUUGGGGGAUUAUCUUCAGAGGUUACUGAGGCAACCCUAUUUACAUUGUUUAAACCGUUUGGGGUCAUUCAACAAAUCAAGAUUCCACCGGGCAAAAACUGUGGAUUUGUCAAAUACUCAACUAGAGAGGAGGCAGAGAGGACAAUUGCCGCAAUGCAAGGAUUCAUAAUAGGCGGCAACAGAGUGAGGUUGAGUUGGGGAAGAGUAUCAAUGAAUAAUAAAAAGUAUCAAAGACAACAACAGCAAGUGGCACAAGCUGCCCAAAUGCAAGUAGCAGCGGCAUUGUCUAUGGGCAUGGACCCAGCUUCUGCCAUUGCAGCAGCGGCAGCAGCUACUGCAGGCGGGUUCCCCCCUCCACCUCCACCUCCACCACCUCCUCAUCCUUCAGUUAUGUCACAACAACACCCUCACCAAGUUCCGCCACAUAUCCUUGGUCCUGGUGGCCCUCAAAUAAGUAUACCCCCACCACCACAAGCGGGAGUGGCAGGAGCGGGAGUAGGAGUAGGAGUAGGAGCAUCAGCGGUUCAAUCUAUGGGUUUCCCUCCGCAUCAGUAUCAACAAUAUGACAAUCAUGCCCCGCCGCAGUCAUCUGAAGAAGGUGAGUCUAUAGACACAUCAAGCACCCGAGCAGGUGUAGGGACAGGUGAAAGUGAGCCAUCAUAUACGAGUACACCUGUGAAAGAAGGCAACAACAAAGACAUCGAUGCUGGUAGUCGGCGUGGUCAAGCAACUGAUAAAUCUUUUCAACUUGGACAGAAAGAUGAAGAGAAUUUGAUAGACUCGAUGAAAAAGAUGGAUUUGGGUAAUGAAAGUGGGUCUAAAGGUUUCAAUGACUCGCGCUCCUAG